GAGCAAGCCUUGCCGUGAGCUCAUUUCGGUUCAGUUGUUAAGUUCGGUCGGCGGCGACAGGUGCCAAAACGGGUUGCGAUUCGAAGCCGGUACGUGAGUUGGUUUUUUCCAGGGGUCCAGCCCAGGAAUAGUGUGCUGUAAUAGUGGAAACUGGUGAAGGAAAGUUAAGAAAUAAGGGAGCAGCUUUGAAAAGUCUGGAAAACCCAAUGAAACAGUGAAAAAUAACACAAGUGUACUGCAAGGAUUAUGAAAGCUGAAUCAUAGAAGUUAAAAAAUUAAGAAUGAGAGCAAAACACCUCACCAUGAAUCAAACGCUGGUGAUGGCCUUUGUUGCGGCCUUCGCCCUACUGAUUCCGACCACAGGUGGUCAGGAAAACAUCAUGACCCGGGUAGCUCCCGAUCUGCUGGAAUGCUACACCAAUCCGAAAAUGUUCGAACGGGAAAACCGACUGCCCAUGACCAUGAACAUGAUGAUCGAACUGAUACGCAAAGUGGAGGACUCACCGGGGCUCAAUGAGAACAUGCGACAACUUUCGAUUGCCCUGCUGCACCGGUUCCGACAGGAUGGUAUCGUUAGGGCCACCGGUGUCCAGAACGUGGCCGGAGAUCUUCAGUUUAGUCUUAGCAGGCAUCAAUUCACCCGGCAGAGGAUCCUGUUUUCUAGACUUCUGCCCGGAAAUGCCCAGACCUUCCCCAACAAUACGCUUAAUGACCAGGAAAGGUGCGCGCUUCACUUCAUGCUGUCCAGCUCGAUUGAAUUGGCCGUCCCUGGUGACGAGAACAUUCGUUGUGAUAUGCUGUCCCAGUAUCGAGCGUUGAGGGUUCCGCGGGACACGAAACAUCCGAUACAGUCCAAUUUCAUCGCAGACGUUCAGAUGUUGGCUGAACCUCAGAUGAAAACAAUCCGGAAGCAGAUCGAAUCGAUGCGUAAAUCAGCUCGGAUGGAAGUGGAUCCGGAAGAUGAACCUGAAGCGUCCGAUCAGGAGGAGGAACUUGAGGAUCCGGAAGCUAAACUUGAUACGGAAGCUUGUCCGGUAGAAAAUGGUGUUGUCUACACCAGGUCGGGUGCGGUCUCGGCCGGAACGGUCCUAGCAGGUAUUGCAGCUGGCCUGGCACCCCAGAGCGUUGAAUUGCGAAACUUGCUUCCACCCAGAAGUGAACAAAUGCGGGCGCGUCAACAGGUUCAGCCGCUGCGAGUGGACAACCGAUGGGCUGCAACACUUUCCGGAGAUUUGGCUGAAGUUACGCUACUACAGGCACCUUCAACACCCAACAACAUUCAGGUUGGAGCUGGUGGAGCCUGGAACGAUACCGUUUCCCCUCGUUGGUUCUUCCUGACCCAGCAAGAUAACUUGGAGAUGACGGACGCGGAAAUCCGUGCCGGUAUCGAUGGACUAACCAUAGCGAUGAACAUUGACCAUUGGAAAUCGCGGGUGAACGCGCUUCGACUGAGCCAGGUACUGGACAUGUACUACUCACAGCGGGGAGUUUUCGAUCAGACCAUGCGGUCCUGCAACAGGCGGAAUCUGUUCAAAACAACAGUUUCAAUCGAUGAAAUGAGGAAUCAAGCCGCAGCCUUCAGUAACAUCCUGGAACAGGAGAUGCAGAUGGCCUACAAGCUCACCCAAGAAACGAUGGCGAAGUUCUCGACCGGCGCUUCCAAAGCUUUGGCCAAUUAUGUCCGCAAAACCUUGAACGACUUAACCUGCGAAGAAACGGCCUUUGUGCAGAACGAUCCAACUAUUUACAGAACAGCUGCUGAUAUGUUCAUCUACGUAGACGUCAGCUGGUCUUUCCGGGACAUAAGCGCCGUCGUAGGAAACCUACUGGAUGAGCUGGAUGUGGGACCCUUCGGCACUACUUAUACUGUUUUAAACGCCCUGACCGGAUAUGUCAUUAUCAACAGGACCCAGUCGUUGGCCGACUUUCACACUCAGUAUACGGCCGAUGUUCAUCUUACACAACAACCCGGUCUAGCGAUGCUCCCAUUGCUGCGCAGUCUCAAGCAACAGGUUAUCCCGAUCAUGAGUGAAGAAAGGACCAACUCCAGCAUGAGCGGACGCUCGAAAAUCGCCCUAAUUAUGCCGAAUAUGGCAGCCAACAACGAUAGUGACAACGCCUUCAAGGAGUUGCAGAAAAUACGCGAGGAAAUUCCAGAUCUCAGGUUGAUCUUCUUAGCCGGGGGCAACCAUACUCGCUUUGCCCGGUUCGUGCUGGAUCAGAAUCUAGAUCUGUUCCAGAUGCGCGAGAUCACCACUGGUGUGAUCGAUUCGGUUCACGUCCAAACGCGGCCCGUGAUUGUUCGGAUUCAGCAGGAACCCAGACGUAUCGUCAAUCCGCGCUGUGGACAUGACUGGAUACAGGGCAACUGGGGAUCCAACUCCAUCAACCAAUACGUCGAACCGCGAGGAUUUGUGAUAAUGUAUCAACUGCAGCCAAACUACUUCUUCAAAGCGAACAAAACCCUACUCCAAAUCCAGGGACAUGGAUACGCCCAGCUUACCGUUUGCCAUUCCCGAUAUGAUAAACUACCUAGGUCCAAUGCAACCCAGCAGUCGGAUCAGAUAUGUGAGCAGAUCAACACCGGAACGGUUGACAUCGACCUGUCAAACGCCUGCGAUGGUCAUCAACUGAUCCAUGCCUGUCCGCCGGUAUUUUUCUCGGUGGAACACACGCAGCAAACGCCGGUCACCAACUUCCGCUGCAACGAGCGGGAGUGUCGCUUCCCGGACAACGCUCAGUUUGCGAUAAUUCUAGUGAAUGGUAGCUGUUUCAGCAGCGCCGGAAAGCUGUUCAGUUCCUUGACCUUCGUAGUCUUCGUAACCCUUCUGGGGUUGUUGUUCACCAGACAGUAGGGUUAGUAGUUAGGUUUAGUAAGUAACUUCGCCGUUAGUUAAGAUAUGAUCGUGAAACCUUAGUACGUAGGGAUUGUAAAAUUGACAAUUUAUG